CCAAUAGAAAGGCCAAGAUUCGGCGCUACCGUGUUUAUUCCCACAGAUAUCGAUAAAGCUAUAAAAAAUACGAUUUUAAGAAAGAAAGGGCAAAAUAAAUCAUUCUGUACCUGGUCUUUUUUUGGAUUCUCUCUGUUCGGCUUGUAUCCUGUUAACCCUUUAGAACUGUAGGGGCGCUGUUUACUUUUUAGUCGGUUCACACCCGCUUAUUAAAUCCACCGAAGAAUUAAACGCGGAAGCACCAGCGAGUCGUCGAGGCUCUUAUGUGAUGAUGGUGUUGAAGGAAAUUCCAGCGGACAAUAUCACCCGUCCUUUGGGUCGUAAUGAGGUCAUCGGUUUACUCUUCCGCCUUACAAUAUUUGGUGCCGUCACCUACUUUACCAUAAAGUGGAUGGUGGAUGCAAUUGAUCCAACAAGAAAACAAAAAGUUGAAGCACAGAAGCAGGCAGAGAAACUCAUGAAGCAGAUUGGAGUACAGAAUGUCAAGCUGUCAGAGUAUGAGAUGAGCAUUGCAGCCCAUCUAGUGGACCCGUUAAGUAUGCAAAUCACAUGGAGUGAUAUUGCUGGCCUUGAUGAGGUUAUAACCGAGUUAAAGGACUCAGUCAUUCUUCCCAUUCAGAAAAGGCAUCUGUUUGAAAAAUCAAAGCUGCUUCAGCCUCCCAAAGGUGUGUUACUCUAUGGACCUCCAGGCUGUGGAAAAACCCUGAUAGCCAAAGCAACAGCCAAAGAGGCCGGUUUCCGUUUCAUCAAUCUGCAGCCCUCCACUCUGACUGAUAAAUGGUAUGGUGAGUCCCAAAAACUGGCCGCAGCUGUCUUCUCCCUGGCCAUCAAGCUCCAGCCCUCUAUCAUCUUUAUUGAUGAAAUUGACUCCUUUUUAAGAAGCCGCUCCAGCUCGGACCAUGAGGCUACUGCCAUGAUGAAGGCUCAGUUCAUGAGCUUAUGGGACGGACUUGACACAGACUACCAGUGCCAGGUUAUAAUUAUGGGUGCCACUAACCGCCCUCAGGAUCUGGACUCUGCUAUACUUCGCAGAAUGCCUACUAGGUUCCACAUAAAUCAACCCGAUAUCAAGCAGAGGGAAUCGAUACUGAAGCUCAUCCUGGGGAAUGAGAAUAUUGGGGUUGGCGUAGACCUGGGAGAAAUAGCAAGAGAGACAGACGGUUUUUCAGGAAGUGACCUCAAAGAGAUGUGUCGAGAUGCAGCUCUGCUCUGUGUACGGGACUGUUUGCGUAGUUUGAACAGUUCGGAGGAAGAAUACAUCAGACCCAUCCAGCAGACUGACCUGCAAAAGCCAUCAAAAGAUGAAAAAGUCGAAAAAUGCAGGAACACUGAGUAUGCUACUGGACACAGCUCUGGACUGAUUCUGAUACUACUGGCCAGGUUCGGAGGAAGAAUACAUCAGACCCAUCCAGCAGACUGACCUGCAAAAAGCCAUCAAAAAGAUGAAAAAGUCGAAAAAUGCAGGAACACUGAGUAUGCUACUGGACACAGCUCUGGACUGAUUCUGAUACUACUGGCCAGGGUAAUUUAUUUCAGCCGUAGAUCAUAAUACAUUUUGUAAGUUAAACAUGUUUAUCAUAGAAUAUGGUUUGCAAAGGAAGGUGCUCUAGAAAUAAGCUCUAGGAUAUUUUACCCCUCUUUUUGCAAUAUGGAUUUUUUUAUGUUUUUGUCAUCAUAAUACAUGCCUUCCAGAAGUACAAUUUGCAUGGGAUAUUAGGAGAAUAUUUAUAAAAUUGUACAGAAGCAGGAAACGUGUAUAUAAAGCAUUUAGGCGACAAAUAAUUUGAAGAAACAAAGUUAUAGGAAUUCCUUGGAUUUUUACUUCCUGGUACAGUUAAUAUGAAGUUAAUAAAUGCUGUGUGUAUGGAUAUACUGUACACACCCCUGUUAAA